AUUUUCCCACUCCCAAACAACAACAGCAUGACCGUGUUCUUGUGCCUGGGCGUUCAUCUUCUUGUUUAAGAAUUUCACAUGUACGCGCAACACAAACUUGCGCAGCAAAAACGUUAGCUCUUGCAGUUUUUCAAGAAAUUUCCCAUUUCAAUAAACAUUCCGUGAAGAUGGAUGUAGAAAAAGUUGCUGUAUUUGCCAGUGUAGGAUUUGCAAUAGCCAUUGCAGCAUUUGUUAUAUGGGGUCCAUCUCCUAAACCUAGGAAAAAAGGAAAAGUUAUUGGAAUCAAUAAUUUAGGAUACACUUGUUUUUUGAAUUCUCUUCUACAAGCUUUGGCUGCAUGCCCAGUUUUCAUUGGAUGGUUAAAGAAACAAUAUGACAAAAAUGGAAAAGUUAAUUUCAUUUCAACUUUAUUAUCAGUUUUUGAAAAAAUUAAUGGAUAUGCAGAAGAUUUAUAUGGUGACGUAACACCAAUUGAAAUUAUUUCGUCGCUUGGUAAUCAAUGGAAAUUUGCACCUGGUCAUCAGGAUGUACAUGAACUAUUUCAUGUAGUUCUUAGUGCAUUACAAGCAGAAAUUCAACCUGGAAAUAGGAAAGGUUGUUUGUCUGAUGCUUUACCACAAAGCCCAAUAAUGAUAACAGAUACAAAGAAAUUGGGUGAUCCUUUAACAUUUAGAAGUGUAUCUUGUAAUGAUAUUGUAUCAGCUAACAAAAAUCCUAACAUUCCGAAUGGUUUUGAUAGAAAUUGCAAUAAUCAUGUAAUAUCUUCGACAUCCAUAUCAAGCAUUCCUAUGACAUAUAACAAGCCGGGUAUAAUUCUUGCAAGAUCUUCAGAAUUACUUUCGAAGAAUGUUGAAAUUGAGAAAAAUAAAGAAUCUUUUAAACCCUGGAGCUCCUUAUGUACUAUGUCAUUUUCUACUGCUCCACCAAUAUCAAUAGAAGUACAUCCAUUUUCUGGUUUAUUAACUAGUCAAUUACAGUGCAGUUGCUGUAAAUGGAAGUCUGCAGUUCAUUAUGAUAAACUUGAAACAGUUUCUUUGCCUUUGCCUCCCUUUGGUCCACAUAUUAGAUCACAUCACACAUUGGAAGAAUUAUUAACGCGUUUUGUAACCAGUGAGGUUGUUCAAGAUGUAUUAUGUGAUGGAUGCGGAAUGCGUUGUUUAGCUACUAAAACUUUAACUCUAGGCAAACUUCCUAAAUGUUUAUGUUUACAUAUAUCAAGAACCACAUGGAGUUCUUCAGGAAUACCAAUUAAGAGAGAUGAUCCAGUAAAAUUUCCUGAGAUACUGACUUUAGAUCCUUAUACUUUUACAGAAACAAAGAAGCGAAACGCACGGGGUGAUCCUGAAGCAACAAUGUUACUUAGUAAUCGAACGACGUUACAAGAUAAACACAAAUAUCAAUUACGUGCAAUCGUAGAACACCGCGGACCUGUAGAUUCUGGUCACUUUGUUUGUUAUAGACGAGGAAAUAAAAACAAUCAAUGGUUGUAUACUUCUGAUAAUGUAGUUGAGAGUAUAUCUUUGAUUGAAGUUUUAUGUGCCACACCAUAUCUUCUCUUCUAUGAGCGUAUUAAUAGCAUAUAAGAUUAGUUAGUAAUCAAUUUUAGUAAUCACAGCAAAUUUAGGAAUGAUGACUCAUUGUCAGUAUACUAAAAUGAUGUAAUAAUUACGAUGAAAUUUAAGAGACUGAAUGUGUUUAAUAGUUUUCAUGUUUCCAUUGCAAAGCAGUCGAAAUUAUUUCAAACUAUUCAUUAAAUGAACUGAAUAAAUAUUUAAAUUUAUUUUAUUUACUUACAUUUCAUGUUUUGUGUAUUAAUUUUUAUUAUGCAUCAUUUUUAUAUAAGUGCAAAUUAUUUUCUAGCUUAUAACUUUGAUAUUAUGGUUUCAGAAUUUAUUGAAAUAAUACAAAAUUUUUAACCACAUAUUUUUAAAAAUUAUUUUAAAAUUAUACAAAGUAGUCGACACUUAAGACUAGCAACAUUGUAGAGUAUUAUGUAUGUAGAAUAUUAUAGCUUAUAGAGAGUUAAAUUAAUUGCUUGAUAAAUUGUACUAAUAGUAAAACUAAAAUCAAAUUGUGCCAAAUGAAUCAAUCGUUUU